AUUCUGCUAUAAAACCUGUUGGCAAGUGAUAAAUCGCAGAUCAUUCUGAACAACCAAAGAUGAACUUCAAAGUAACAUUCGUGAUUGCUGUUUUGCUCGCCUGCGUCCUAACAACCUCCGGGGUUGCUCGUAGGAGGCGGGCUGUUGCUAGACGACGUGCUCCAGCUGAAGCGAGGCGACGAGCUGCAAGUAGCAUUGGUGGUGGAAUUGCCUCGACAGGAGGGGAAUUAAUAGCUGGACAAGCUCUUGAAUCUUCAACUGGUGGUGGCAGUUGGUCUCCAUGGACAAAAUGGAACCAGCAACGAAAAAUGGAAAAUGCUAUGAAUGACGAAAUGGAUGCUGAACUUCUCUCUCUGAUGUUAAAUGAAGAGUAAGCAUUCUUAUGCUUGGUCGCGGAAGAAUUACAAACCGCGCAUUACCGUGAUAAAUUCCGGAAAAUAAAUAAACACAAAAACAAAA